AUGAAUCCGGAAUUGAUCCAUCAUCCUUCUUUCCAAUCAACACCGCUCACUUUACGGAAGAAGCUAGCAAAGCUGCCAGUAUUGUCACUUAUGGUUAUAUUGAAAUUGACUCAGGAAAAUCCCUUCCACUCUUCAAUGACAAAAAUUUCCGCUCCAGAGUCAUCACGAAAUGCGUCCACUGCACUGCAUGUGGUUCCUGUGAACACACUCGUUUUGACUGCAAGACUUCAUCUUGUGCCAUUUGCAAGAAAUUAUCCCAUAGGGCAAAAGAUUGUUAUUUCAAAAAGCAACAAAGAGCACCAAUUGUGA